AUGGUUAAUCUAAAUACUGUUGAACCAAGAAAUGGCAGAGAUUAUUAUAUCGCGUUAGGUUUAGAAGGUUCUGCCAAUAAGUUAGGGGUAGGUGUUAUAAAACACCCUAGACUGGCCAGUAUGUCUGGUGGCGAUAAUUCCCACAAUUGCGAAGUAGAAAUAUUAUCGAAUAUUAGAGACACAUAUGUGACUCCACCUGGAGAAGGGUUCUUACCUCGUGAUACCGCUAGACAUCAUCGUAAUUGGGUUAUUAGAAUAAUCAAACAAGCAUUGGAAAAGGCGCAAAUUAUGGAUCCUAGACUGGAUAUUGAUGUGAUUUGUUUUACUAGAGGACCAGGUAUGGGUGCGCCUUUACAUUCAGUAGCAAUUGCUGCACGUACUUGUUCCCUCAUGUGGGAAGUUCCUUUAGUAGGUGUAAACCAUUGUGUUGGGCAUAUUGAAAUGGGUAGAGAGAUUACCAAAGCCAAAAAUCCUGUUGUAUUGUAUGUAAGUGGCGGUAAUACACAGGUUAUUGCAUACUCUGAAAACAGAUAUAGAAUUUUUGGUGAAACUUUGGAUGUAGCGAUAGGAAAUUGUUUGGAUAGAUUUGCUAGAACUUUGAAAAUACCGAAUGCACCAUCACCAGGUUAUAAUAUUGAACAACUUGCAAAGAAUUGCAAAAAUAAAGACAAAUUAAUCGAAUUACCAUAUACUGUGAAAGGUAUGGACCUUUCAAUGAGUGGUAUCUUAGCCUAUAUAGACUCAUUGGCAAAAGAUUUAUUUAGAGGUAAUAAAAAAAAUAAGCUUAUAUUUGAUCGAGAAACUGGUGAACCCAAGAUCACAGUAGAGGACCUAUGCUACUCCUUACAAGAAAACCUAUUUGCCAUGUUAGUAGAGAUCACGGAGAGAGCAAUGGCGCAUGUAAACGCAUCACAGGUUCUAAUUGUAGGAGGUGUUGGAUCCAAUACCAGACUACAGGAGAUGAUGGGUCAAAUGUGUAAAGACCGUGCCAACGGUAGAGUACAUGCUACAGAUGAAAGAUUUUGCAUCGAUAAUGGGGUUAUGAUAGCUCAGGCUGGUCUUCUUCAAUACCGGAUGGGUGAUUAUGUCAAGGAUCUCUCGGAGACUGUUGUAACCCAAAAGUUUAGAACUGAUGAGGUUUAUGUGUCUUGGCGUGAAUAA